AUGGACUUCCAGAAGCCUCCUCCUCAGUCCAACGUCACCGCCCGACGGCUUAGCAGUGCUCAUGACGGCCAAGGCGCAACCUACGACGAACAACGCGCCCAAGGAAGCAUCUCGGCGGCGGAGCCCGCAUCGGUGGCGCCUUCAAAUCUAAGAACGGUGAACUUCGCGCCCUAUGAAAGACACGGAUUGCCAUGCGGUUCCUCCCCUAGCUCUCCGACAAAUUACUCUCAAGGUGGCCUAUCAGCUGCUGGAAAAAGACAGUAUUUCCCCUUUGCAAAACUAGAAGUUCAGGUUGUGGAGAGUGCUCAGUUCAGGAAAGCAAUGAAUGCAAGGAAAGAUGAUUUGGAUGAUGUAUUGAAACUUGUUUCAUUCUUCAAAGACAUGAAAGCAAUCAAUAAUGAGUUUUUCUAUGACAUCCAAGUGGACAAGGACAAGUCAAUUAAAAACAUUUUCUGGUCCAAUGCAAGCUGCCGAGAAGCCUAUCCAGACUUUGGCGAUUGCGUAACAUUCGGCACAACUUACAAGACCAACAGAUUUCAUAUGCCUCUGGGAGUGUUUGUUGGAACAAACCAUCACUUGCAGUCAACGAUAUUUACUGUUGCCUUCAUCAGAGAUGAAGAUGCAAACUCAUUCAAGUGGCUGUUCGAUACAUUUGUACGGUGCAUGAACAACAAGCACCCAACUUGCAUUCUAACAGACCAGUGCCCAUCGAUGGCGAAAGCUAUACCACAAUCAUUUCCAAACACAGUCCACAAGCUAUGCCGUUGGCACAUCAUGAAGAAGUACAAGGAAUACCUAGCGUUGCUGUACAAAAAGUAUAAAACAUUCAAAGAGGAGUUCACAGCUAUAUUAAACUGGCCGCUGAUGCCAACGGAGAUUGAAGAUGCCUGCGCUGAACUCGUACACAAGUACAACCUGGAGAACGACCAGAUGAUGAUGCAGCUGUGGAGUGAUAGGAAGAUGUGGAUUUCAGCUUAUUACAAGAACAUUUUCUGUGCUAGAAUGACUUCCACACAACGAAGCGAGAGCAUGAACCACGUGCUCAAGAAAGGGUUUGUCAAGGGGACCCAGAACCUACACAAGAUUGCUAGGCAGGUCAAUGCUUGCAUACAAACUCGGAUGCAGAAGGAGAACGAGCAAACAAUGACCAGCAUGACCAAUCCUGUGACAAAAACAACUUACGGCUACGAGGAAGACAUGUCUAUCAAGUACACGAGAGCCGUGUACACCGAGAUGAGGAAUAGGAUGAGAAAAGCCACGCUAUUUCACGCAAAGCGUACAAUAGAGCCCACUAAGUACCUUGUGUACUACCACAACAAGCCUGGCCAUGAUGAUGAAGAAAGGUUUUCCUGGUCAAAGCAUGAAUUCCAGGUUGUAGCUGACCCAGGGAAUGAAAUAUACGAGUGUGAAUGCAAGCUUUGGAUACACACAGGCAUGUUCUGCCUUCACAUCAUGAACAUACUGGACUACCUGAAGCCUGAAAAAUUUCCAAACAAGUAUAUCCUCAAAUGGUACACAAAGACUGCAAAAUCACAACCAACCUUUGAUACAAGGGACUAUAACACAACUGCAUCGGAUGGCAGCUCAAGUCUAUCAAAGCAAGACAUCUUGCUGCAGCUAAAUUUGAUGGUUUACAAGAAAGCAAUGAGAUGUGACCAGCAAUAUGACAGAGCCUACUAUGUUCUCAAGAGGCUCGUGGAAGAGCUUGAUGCAAUACAUUCAGGAAAUCAAGUGGAUGCUGACGAAAGGAUGGCUGAAGAGGACGCUGAAAUUGAAGAUGACCUUCAUUAUUAUGCAGCUGAAAUGCUCAACGCCACCAAUCAAGCCAACCAAUGCAGGCAGGGUAUUGACCAAUCAAUGGAGCAGCGACAGCAAGAGACGAUGAAACUGCCGAUGUACUCUGAAACAAAGGGUAGGAAGAAAAUUUCUGCAGCAAAGAAAAGUGACAAGAGAGCUCAAAUAAAGGCACCACCUGCAGGAAGAGUCGUCGUGCUCGAUGAGAACAGAGAGUGCCACUUGGGCACAGGAAAUGUAGUGUGUGCAACCAGGUUGCGGGACACAACAAGCUGA